AUGGGACUUCUGUUUGGAUUCGGAAAUAUACUUUACAUUAUUUUGCUUUUGUUGAAUGCAGUCGCCAUUCUUUCUGAAGACCGCUUUUUAGGAAGACUUGGAUGGUCUCAGAACACCUCCUAUGGAUUCGGAGAACCCCAAGAUACCAUCAAAAGUAGAAUUCUUCACCUAAUUCGAGCAAUUCGAACGGUCAUGACAUUCCCAUUAAUUGCCAUUAAUACCGUCGUUAUUAUAUACAACCUGAUUUUGGGCUAA